CUCAACAUAAUGGCGGCCGGGGCUGAGGAGGGCGGGUCGGUUACCUCCGCCGGGAUGGUGGGAGCUGUUGGCGGAGCUGAGUCGGAGCACUACCCCACCUUAUGCCGGGGCAAGGAGCUGGGGCCGCAGGGCCCCUUCCUGGUGGGCUCUGGCGGGGACAGUCCAGGCGCCGGCGGUCCGGCUUUGUCCUCGGCGCUGGGGCUCCUGGCUCUAGGCUCGGGGCCUGCCCCUCUGGUGUCCGGAGGCGGUGGCGCCGUGACAGCAACUAGCCAGGGGUCGGAGGUGUCCGGAGGGGUGGUGCCCCCACCCGAACAUAGCAUUGUCGCCUUUCCCCCGCUGCCGCCGCCACAGCCACCUUCCUUGGCGGGGGUACUGGGGACCGUGGACGAAGGCGACUCGUUGGAUGGACCGGAAUAUGAAGAGGAGGAGGUGGCCAUCCCGCUCAACGCUCCCCCCACGAACCAGUGGUAUCAUGGAAAACUUGACAGAGCAAUUGCAGAAGAACGUCUUUGGCAAGCAGGAAAACCUGGAAGUUACCUUAUUCGAGAGAGUGAUCGAAGACCAGGUUCAUUUGUGCUUUCAUUUCUAAGUAAAACAAAUGUCAAUCAUUUUAGGAUUAUUGCCAUGUGUGGAGACUAUUACAUUGGUGGGCGUCGCUUUGCUUCGCUCUCGGACCUAAUUGGUUAUUACAGUCAUGUGUCUUGUUUGCUAAAGGGGGAAAAACUGUUCUGUCCAGUAGCACCUCCAGAGCCUGUGGAGGAUAGAAGGAGAGUUCGAGCAAUUCUACCCUACACCAAAGUGCCAGAAACUGAUGAAAUAAGUUUCCUUAAAGGAGACAUGUUUAUUGUCCAUAAUGAAUUGGAAGAUGGCUGGAUGUGGGUUACAAAUCUACGCACAGAUGAACAAGGUCUUAUUGUAGAAGACCUGGUAGAAGAAGUGGGAAGAGAAGAAGAUCCACAUGAAGGCAAAAUAUGGUUCCAUGGGAAGAUCUCAAAACAAGAGGCUUACAAUUUGCUGAUGACAGUUGGUCAGGUGUGCAGUUUUCUUGUGAGGCCUUCAGAUAAUACACCUGGUGAUUAUUCACUUUAUUUUCGGACCAGUGAAAAUAUUCAGCGUUUUAAAAUUUGCCCAACAUCAAGCAAUCAGUUUAUGAUGGGAGGCAGAUAUUAUAAUAGUAUUGCUGAGAUCAUUGAACAUUAUAGAAAAGAACAGAUUGUUGAAGGAUAUUACCUUAAAGAUCCUGUUCCAAUGCAGCAUCAAGAACAAGUGCUUAAUGAUACAGUGGAUGGAAAAGAAAUCUACAAUACAAUUCGUCGCAAAACAAAGGAUGCUUUUUAUAAAAAUAUAGUCAAAAAAGGAUAUCUUCUAAAAAAGAGUAAAGGAAAGAGAUGGAAAAACUUGUACUUUAUAUUGGAAGGAAACGAUGCCCAGCUUAUUUAUUUUGAAAGUGAAAAACGAGCCACAAAACCUAAAGGAUUAAUAGACCUUAGUGUGUGUUCAAUCUAUGGAGUACAUGACAGUUUAUUUGGCAGGCCAAACUGUUUUCAGAUAGUAGUUCAGCACUUCAGUGAAGAGCAUUACAUCUUUUACUUUGCAGGAGAAACUCCAGAACAAACACAGGACUGGAUGAAGGCUCUGCAGAUGUUUUGCAGUUUGAGAAAAAACAGUCCUGGGACAUCAAAUAAACGUCUACGUCAGGUCAGCAGUCUUAUUUUGCAUGUAGAAGAAGCUCAUACGCUCCCAGUAAAGCAUUUCACUAAUCCGUAUUGUAACAUCUAUCUGAACAGUGUCCAGGUAGCAAAAACACAUAUCAGGGAAGGGCAGAACCCUGUAUGGUCAGAAGAAUUUGUCUUUGAUGAUCUUUCAUCUGAUAUUAAUAGAUUUGAGAUAAGUCUUAGUAACAAAACAAAGAAAAGUAAAGAUCCAGAUAUAUUGUUUAUGCGUUGCCAAUUAAGCCGAUUACAGAAAGGACAUGCAACAGAUGAGUGGUUUCAACUCAGUUCCCAUAUACCCCUGAAGGGUAUUGAGCCAGGAUCUUUGCGUGUUCGAGCACGAUAUUCUAUGGAGAAGAUUAUGCCAGAAGAGGAGUACAGUGAGUUUAAAGAGCUCAUACUCCAGAAAGAGAUGCAUGUAGUCUAUGCCUUAUCACAUGUUUGUGGACAGGACAGAACACUGUUGGCUGGCAUUUUAUUGAAGAUUUUUCUUCAUGAAAAGCUUGAGUCACUAUUGUUACGAACACUAAAUGACAGGGAAAUAAGCAUGGAAGAUGAAGCUACUACUUUGUUUCGUGCCACCACUUUAGCAAGUACACUUAUGGAGCAAUACAUGAAAGCCACAGCGACACGUUUUAUUCACCAUGCACUGAAAGACAGUAUAUUAAAGAUAAUGGAGAGCAAGCAGUCUUGUGAGUUAAAUCCCUCAAAAUUAGAAAAAAAUGAAGAUGUAAACACUAAUCUGGCACAUCUACUCAGUAUACUGUCAGAAUUGGUGGAGAAAAUAUUCAUGGCUGCAGAGAUACUGCCUCCGCUUCAGAGCAGGCCCUGGAAAAGUCCUGGACUGGCCUCCUGGAGUUAGCGGCAGAUGGAAGCUGGAUGCAGGAACACACAAAUUCGGGAACACACGGAUCAGGAUCAAAGGCAGACGAACAGACGGGAGUCCUCCCAGGACACCAGCCAUGGACAAAGAGAGCUUGACCCUCGUGACCCUUCAGAUUUAUACUGAGUAUGAUGCGUAUGGGAUGGAAUACUUUGGUCAAUUUUGGUCACCUGUCUGGUCUGCUCCUCCCCACAGGAGGGUCUUAUGUGUGACCCCUUUCCUCCCUUCUGGUUCGGAAGCAUAAGAUGUUUUUUCAGAACCAAGCAGUGGCCUUGGUUCUGCAUACCAUUCUCCAGCAGUAACUAUAAACAUUGAGCGUUAUCAGUCCUAGAAGCAGACACUGACUGAGAAACAUGCCAUUAAUUUCAGCAGGUGCAACUACUUAGAAGAGACUUCACUGAAAAGUAAAAUUACUAGAAAGAAAAUUGGUUUUAUCCUGGCUCAAACUGGGACACCGUGCUGAACUUCACUCCUGAUUUUCUCUACCUCCUCCCCACAAGUGGCGCAGGGGAACAGGGAAUAAGGGUUGUGGUCAGAUCAUCACACAUUGUCUCUGCCGCUCCUUCCUCCUCACGCUUUUCCCCUGCUCCAGCAUGGGAUCCUUCCCACGGGAGACAGUCCUUCAUGAACUUCUCCAACUUGGGUCCUUCCCAUGGGCUGCAGUUCUUCAAGAACUGCUCCAGCAUGAGUCCUCCAUGGAGUCACAAGUCCUGCCAGUAACUCUGCUCCAGCAUGGGCUCCUUUCUCCAUAGGAUCACAGGUCCUGCCAGGAACUUGCUCCAGCACGGACUCUCCACAGGGUCAGAGCCUCCUUUGGGUGCAUCCAUUUGCUCCAGUGUGAGGUUCUCCAUGGGCUGCUUGUGGAUAUUUGCUCCACUGUGGACCUCCAUGGGCUGCAGGGGGACAGCCUGCCUCACCGUUGUCUUCACCAAGGGCUGCAGGGGAACCUCUGCUACAGCACCUGGAGCACCUCCUGCCCCUCCUUCUUCACUGACCUUGGUGUCUGCAGAGUUGUUUCUCUCGCAUAUUCUCACUCAUUGCUCUUUCAGCUGCUGUUGCACAGCAAUUUUUUCGUCUUCUUAAAUAUGUUAUCAAAGAGGUGCUACCACUGGCACUGAUUUGCUCAGCUUUGGCUAGCAGCAAGUCCAUCUUGGAGCUGGCUGGAACUGGCUGUGUCUGACAUGGAGGCAGAUUCUGGCAUCUUCUCACAGAAGCCACCCCUGUAGGCCCCCCCCCGCUACAGAAACCUCACUAUGCUAACCCAAUACAACACAAAUGCUUUUGGCUAUCACAUGUGCUUUUCUUCAUGGGAGAAGCUACUAGAUCCAAGGGUUCAGGGAAAGAAGAAAAAAAUUAAAAUAUCAAUAUAUUAUCUCCACAAAGAGGAGACAGUACUAGUUAGCAGAUAAUUGUAUAUAUUUAAUUUGGUUACCAAUUCUUUCCAGGUCUCCUACUCUGAAAAACAGAUGGAAUAAUUAACAGCAUUAAAAAUACAAAUGGGUGCUAGUAGAAUGACACCCUGCUGUGAUUACUUCUGUCCAUUGUGGAAAUGCACAGGUUAUUCUUUUCCUUUUUUAAAAAAAGCUAAAAUAACUUGUUUAGACUGAAACAAUUGAAUAAAAAUUGUGUAGUUCUAA